UUAAGUUCGUGUGAUUUUACCUUUUCCGGGAGUCUCCAGUUGGCCCUGGUUUGUGUCAGGAGCGCAGUGUAGACAGGAGUUCUAAGCAGACUCAGUCACACUAAGUUCCUUUCUUUUUGGAAGUGGAGGAGGUUUUCCUGUUUGUGUUUUUUUUUUUUGUUUUUUUGUUUUUUUUUUUUUGUUGAGGCAGUUUUAAUAGCUUUGAAUAAUUACUCGCUUAAGGGACUAAAUAUAGGAAGGGGAGAAAGAACACGUCGGUUGUUAAAGUAAGGGAGGAAAAGAGACCUGCCCUAUAGCGUGGCUUCUCUAGAAAUUUAUAUAUAUAUAUAGAUAUACACACACACACACACAUCAGAGUAUUUUAAUAAAUCCCUAAAAUGACGAGAUAUGUACAAGAUCUUAGCAAAGCCAUGUCUCAAGAUGGUGCUUCUCAGUUUCAAGAAGUCAUUCGACAAGAGCUAGAAUUAUCUGUGAAGAAGGAACUAGAAAAAAUACUUACCACAGCACCAUCACAUGAGUUUGAGCACACUAAAAAAGACCUUGAUGGAUUUCGGAAGCUAUUUCAUAGAUUUCUUCAAGAAAAGGGACCUUCUGUGGAUUGGGGAAAAAUCCAGAGACCUCCAGAAGAUUCGAUUCAACCCUAUGAAAAGAUAAAGGCCAGAGGCUUACCUGACAAUAUAUCUUCCGUGCUGAACAAGCUGGUGGUGGUGAAACUCAAUGGAGGUUUGGGAACCAGCAUGGGCUGCAAAGGCCCAAAAAGUCUGAUCGGUGUGAGGAAUGAAAAUACCUUUUUGGAUCUGACCGUUCAGCAGAUUGAACAUUUGAACAAAACCUACAAUACAGAUGUUCCUCUUGUUCUAAUGAACUCUUUCAACACGGAUGAAGAUACAAAAAAAAUACUACAGAAGUACAAUCACUGUCGUGUGAAAAUUUACACUUUUAAUCAAAGCAGGUACCCAAGGAUUAAUAAAGAAUCUCUACUGCCUGUAGCAAAGGAUGUCUCAUACUCAGGGGAAAAUACAGAAGCAUGGUACCCUCCAGGUCAUGGUGAUAUUUACGCCAGUUUCUACAACUCUGGUUUGCUCGACACCCUUAUAGGAGAAGGCAAAGAGUAUAUUUUUGUGUCUAACAUAGAUAAUCUGGGUGCCACCGUGGAUCUUUAUAUUCUUAAUCAUCUAAUGAACCCACCCAAUGGAAAACCCUGUGAAUUUGUCAUGGAAGUCACAAAUAAAACACGUGCAGAUGUAAAGGGUGGCACACUUACCCAGUAUGAAGGCAAAUUGAGACUGGUGGAAAUCGCUCAAGUGCCAAAAGCACAUGUUGAUGAGUUCAAGUCUGUGUCAAAAUUCAAAAUAUUUAACACAAACAACCUGUGGAUCUCUCUUGCAGCAGUUAAAAGACUGCAGGAACAAAAUGCUAUUGAUAUGGAGAUCAUUGUGAAUCCAAAGACUUUGGAUGGAGGCCUGAAUGUCAUUCAGUUAGAAACUGCAGUAGGGGCAGCCAUAAAAAGUUUUGAGAACUCUCUAGGUAUUAAUGUUCCUAGGAGCCGCUUUCUACCUGUCAAAACCACAUCAGAUCUCUUGCUCGUGAUGUCAAACCUCUAUAGCCUUAACGCAGGAUCUUUGACAAUGAGUGAAAAGCGGGAAUUUCCUACAGUCCCCUUGGUUAAAUUAGGCAGCUCUUUUACAAAGGUACAGGAUUAUCUAAGGAGAUUUGAAAGUAUACCAGAUAUGCUUGAAUUGGAUCACCUCACAGUUUCAGGAGAUGUGACAUUUGGCAAGAAUGUUUCACUAAAGGGAACAGUUAUCAUCAUUGCAAAUCAUGGUGACCGAAUCGACAUCCCACCUGGAGCAGUAUUAGAGAACAAGAUUGUAUCAGGGAACCUUCGUAUCUUGGACCACUGAAAUGAAAAAUACUGUGUACACUUCAUACUAAUUAUGGGCUAAACAGUUUCUUAUAAUGAAAUGUUCUCUAGGAUUCUAAAAUCAGCAGGUACUUUACUAUGUCACUGUACCCUGCAAUAUUAAUUUUUAAAGUAGAGGGUUUUUUUUUUGCAAUAUGCUUUUAGUCGAAGAAAAGCACAGAUGGAAGCAAUAUUUUUCUUCUUUGAAGAGGACCCUGAAAGUUAGUUCAUCUUAAAGUGCAAUACUAUUUAAUCUUAAAACUGGGGCAGCUCUAAUGGAACAUCUUUUAACUGAGGCCUCAGUGACAGUCACUUUGAAUUGCUUGUGAUUUCAAAAAUAAAGCUGUGAGGCAAUCCAUGUGCACAUGUA